AUGGAUCGACGUAUGGAAAGUUUUGCCAAUUUCCUCUUGAAAUCCGAAUUUUUGAGAUUAUCCGCAAAUUCAGUCGCUGAUUUACAAGCUUCUAGAAAUUCAGAUUUUCACUGUCCUGUUGUUCACAUUGAUUUCAUUGUCGAAUUCAUUCAAGUAUAUUCUUGCGAAUUGAGAUCGAUGAUCGCUACAAUCGAAUCAAAUCAAAUUUUUCGCACAAAUUGGUUAUGCGCGAGACUUUUUAUAAGUUUUAGUUUCUUUAAUGCGAAUUGUAAUGCAUAA